AUGUUGCACGCAGUGCGCUUCCAAAAUGGCCAGUGCUCGUAUCGUAACCGCUACAUCCGGACCCCUGACUUUGAUCGAGAGGAGACGUCUGGAGAGUGCCUGUAUCGAGGUAUCGUUGACACCACUUCCCUCUCAUCCUUCUUGAACCCAAUCAUGAAUAUGAUGUCUUUCGGUACGGCCGUCAAGGACGUAGCGAACACCUCCGUCCUUUUCCACGGAGGUCGACUUUUGGCCUUGGUGGAAGGUGAGGUGAUGCCAGUGGAAGUGGGCCUUGAGGAGCUGGAUUUCAAGGGUCACUUCAAGUUCGGUCAAGAGAAGGUCCUGCCAUCUUUCACAGCUCAUCCGAAGAUUGAUCCCACCACCGGGGACAUGGUCUUCACUGCCUACUCUAGCUUCAGCGAGCCUCCCGUGCACGCGGGCGUCGUAGGCCCAGAUGGCAAUCUCAAGCACUGGACGACUGUGAAGAGCGCCACGAGGAAGACCCUGAUGCACGACUGCGCCAUCACUGAACGAUUUACCCUUAUCUUAGACUUCCCCCUCACAAUUGACGUCUCCAGGUUAUUCUCUGGGGGGCAGAUGAUUGGCUUCGAGGAGUCCCCAAGCCGAAUCGGUGUCAUGCCUCGGUAUGGCGAAGACGUGGAGAGAUGGUUCGAGUUUUCUCCAGGCUACGGCUUCCACAUGCUGAACGCCUUUGAGGAUGGAGAGGAAGUGGUGCUCCGCGGUUGCAGGGCAGACACCAUGGUGCUGACACCUCCCUGGGAAGAUGGGAAGGUGGACCGGCGAGCUUUCAUGGAGCAGUACUUCGAGCCUAUAUCCCCCUUGAGAUGUAUUUUCCAUUUUUGUUCAUAUGAAAACCCAAGAGGAUUUAAGCAAAGAUACUUUUAUUAA